UACUGCUUUAACUUUAUUUACAGUUUGCUCAUAAGAAACCGAAAAUUGCGGUUUUCUGGAAACCUGGAUUAGGCUGACAUGGAUGCAAUUACCGUCAAAUCUAUUAAGGAAAUGCCACUGGGCACCGUUGCCAGCAACAAAAUUAGUUGCGGGAGCAGCAACAGCAGUAGUGGCUACGCGAGUGCUACCAAUACCCCUACCAAUCCCACAUCGAUUGGAAACAAUAACAGUCACAUCCGCUAUUCGGAUUCGCACUCUAACACACCUGUGGGCAUGGUAGAACCUACACCAGUGGCCACAAUCGCUGCAGUAACGCCGUACAACAAUGAGACUUUCCAGCAGCAGCAACAACAGUUACAACAAUAUUACUCACACCUACAGCAGGACCAUCCCUCACAUUCAUAUCAAUUGACAGAUCCAUUGCUGCAGCCCUCUGCGCCCCAGCAUAAAAGUACCUGUGACUCCUGUGCCUUCUUGGCGGGUAAUGACAACCCACAAUCCACCAAUAUCGAGCGCAAUUUUUUAGGCAUGCGGCACCCGACAGCAUUCUACACGGAAUUGGAAAAGUCAAGUAAAAUUUCCAUGCAACCGGCGACACAGCAUCACAACAAAACUACCAACAGCAACAUCAACCAUAUUUAUAAUAGUGAGACUGGUCUGUAUAAUUCGAAACGUAGUAGUGAGGCGAGCACGUACGUAAAACCACAGGCCACCGCAACGCCAUUCUAUCCGCAGCCGUCGCAAACAAGUAGCUCCAUGGUUUAUUUUGAUCCCUACAAAAACAAAUUAUCCACGAAGUUGGCAAAAUACAAUAUCGAUUACAGUGAUAAACCGUUAGAGACCACAAACGAAGCGCCGUACGCGCAAAAUUUUCAACAGAAUUACAGUGGAAAUACGUUCCAGGGUGCUGUGUACGGUGGAAGUUCGUCGCAAAGGAAUCCACUGACUGCGGUCACGAAUGCGCGCGAACCGCAGCAACGUCUAGGGGUGCCUUUUGGCAACACAGCUAUGGCAGUUGGUAUCAACAUCGGUACUACAAGUAACAGCAGCAACGUCGGCGCAACUUAUUUCGAUAAAUAUCUGUACACUGUAGUGACUACGGCUGCACAGUCACCAUUUUACACAUCUACACAACCCGCAAAUCUGUCCGCUGAACCACCACAAUAUGUGUCUGAAAUACGGAACGAUACCUAUCAUAAGACAUCAACAUCUUCGUCAUGGCACUGGAGUAUGGAGUAUAGUAAGGGUAAUUAUCGUUCCCCGUCAGGGCAUUCAAACGCCAUUCCAACUGCCACCAUACCACCCACGAAUGCAAGCUACGUGUCGCCGAAUACCGCUGUCGCCCCCAGUCGUGAUAUAUAUUACACACCUGAGAAAUAUAGCAACAAAUAUGAUAAGUACAAUUCUUAUUACAAUCCUCACCUACAGUAUAUGACAACGAAUGCGGUUGGUCAUACCUUCUGGCCGAAUUCGCCUCAUUCCACACCGUACCUUGUACCCGCACUUAACGAUAGUUUGUUGCACGCGUACUCGCACCACGCAUCGUUACCUCCGACCGGCGUCCCCACCGCUAUAGCACCAGCACCUACGCAUCCUUCACUCGCAUAUCACCAUCCCUUUCCACCUUCUGCAGCUUCAGUCACUGAUCGCCAAAGUUGUUGCUCACAACCAUAUCAGCAACAGAAUUGUUACUAUCCGCGCAAUGCACAGCAUCCUCACCUUCUUCCUAAUGUAUACAGCUCACACACGCAAACCGCAAGUGAAAACAGCAACAGCAAUACCGCAGGGAAGUAUGGAAUGCUUGAUUAUGGACAUGGUACCAAAGCCAAGGUCAAUACUAAUGAUAUCUAUGCUAGAACGACGCCUACCUAUGAGACCACAAAUAUAAAUUAUCAUUCUUACCCGGUAGGUGUUACCCACAAUCAGCAAUAUGAAAACCCUAUAACACCAGCUACCGUAGUUUCACAUCAACCGCUCAAUCCAAAUAUUACGCCACAUAGUAACAUCUCAACUGUUUAUUAUAAUGAUCUCAACAUGCAGACUGCUUAUGAUACCUACAUUAGCCCAGUUCAAGUGCCGGCGUUACUACAACGGUGUGAAAGUUUAGUACAACGUGUUGAGCAGCUACCAAAUUUGCCACCUCCCUACAUACAGUCCACUCAAGUGAAAAGUUCACUAACUGACUUUCGAAAGCCGCCAGAAAUAGUAGAUGAGAACUGUUUUAUAGCUGAAACGACGCUCACGAACAUAAACGACCAUUUGACUACAGAUAUGAGCAACUCUGCAAGCAACUUCCGACUUGAGAGUGGGAUGCGUCUCAGCAAUGCAAUCAUAUAUAGCCAAAAGACGGCGGAAGAGAGUGCAGAUAAGACUGGCACUCCACUUACGCCAACAACUAAGAUUUACUCUAGUCUGCGUGAUUUUCUGAGUACUUGGAAUGAAGAUGAAGAAGAUUUUGAAUUCACGGAUGAGCGGAAGUUGUCUGACACACCGCAUUUCGAUGGACAGAUAAUUGGCACAGAAGGCAAAACGAAACUUGCUAAGAUAUCAAAUAAAAUGCUUUGCGUAUCAGGACUCCCAAGUGUGGCAUAUACACCAGUCUCAAUCACCCUCGAUUUCGAGGAAAUAAGUCGAACACCGCAACAACCAUCAAAUACCUCAGCAUCAAAUAUACGUUCCAAAACGCACGAUGACGUUAAUGUAGGCAGAUCAACAGAUGUAGAGACAAAUCGAAAUGUAAGCAUAAGUUUGCCUGAUAUCAUCAUCGAUAUCGAAAGGUCUAGUAGUUCAACGCCAGCUUUUUCGAGCGCAGCAAAGGUCUUCAAGGUCGAUAUGAAUAUGAAAUCUAAAAGCGAAGAUAUACACUAUAAUAAUUUUGAUGUUGAAAAAGAGAUUGAUGAACUUAAAAUAAAAAGCGUUCAACUAUCACGAAAAAACCAUACAUUUAUUAAUAAAAUAGGGAACGAUUUUGACCUCAAAGUUGCUGUUAGAAAUGAGAGCAAUAUUGGCACAAUUAAUAUGGCUAACAAACUGACUGAUUCCGGAACUAUUCUUCAAAAUAGAAUAAAUAAAACGUUUGCAAAACGUAAUCCCCAAACUUAUAUUGAUAUAAUACAUAAACUUAAAAGUUUUUCAAAAUUCUACAAACGAAAAUAUUCGGAUUUAAUAAAAUAUGAAGGUGGUAAUAAAUUACGAAAUCAAGGGCAAAUUUUAGAUAGCGAUUUAAAUUUUGCUGUGGUCUCAACAAAGCCCUGUAGAAAGGGGAAAGGAAAGCAGAUUCAUCUGAAACCAAGCAAAUAUUCAUUCUACCAAAGAACUUUACGGUCUUUACGGCGCCACCUUAUUAUAAGAGGUAAACGGCUGGAUUCAACUCUCCUCAUGCAACAACACAUUGCCCCAGUGGCGGAGAGCCCUUUACCUGUAAUCAAGAGGAAAGUUACAAAGCAAUUUUCUAGUAGAGCUGAAAACCAAUUUAAGUUUUUUAAUCCGAAAACUCUAAAAUGCUUGACUAUAUGUUUAAUAAAUUCCGAGAUAUUUCGGAUUAAGCUCUUGAAUAGAGCAAAUUUUAAGAAAGACAUUACUGAACCUAAAAUAAUGAAUACAGCUCCAAAGAAGGAAAUUGAAAUUCCCAAUGAAAUGUUGAAAGCAAUAUCAGAUAUUCCGCCCCCAAACCAAGCACAAGUAAUUGAAAAUAAUGAGGAAUGUAAAAAAUCAGCUGAUAUUUUUGCUGAAAGCUCACUUAAUGAGCAACUACUGUAUGGAAUUAAGACGGCUGAACAUUGCACGUAUCUUAACUCUUUGCGUCAUUUUGUUGCAGAAAACGCGCCAAGUAAAGAUAUUGUUGUAGAGAGAAUAGAAAUCCUUGACGGGCCUCCUUAUGAAAUACCUCCAUCUUCACAGAAUAUGGAAGUACUUAAGGAGCAAAUUUUUGAAACAGAAAAGGUGGGUGAAGAAAGAACUGGAACAUCGAAUUUCAAUACAGAUAAUGAAAACAAUAGAAAUUGGGUUUGUCGCUGUACAGUUGAAAAAACCAGCAAUACGAGUGUUGAAAUGGCUAUGCAUAACUUUGAGAAUAGAGAACCCACAUUGGACAUUGUUUUCCCAUCAAAAGAUGAGAAGAUUCGGUUAAACAGUUCUGGAGAGAAUGUGUACCGAAUCGUCGAAGAUCAUUUACAUACGGAGAGGGUCAAAAAUCCGCAGAUCGAGAUGAAUAUAGAAAAAAGCGAACAAUCGGUAAGAGCGGAUUCGCCAGGGAUAACUAGAAAUUGUGAAUUAUGUGAUCAACAGUCUGAAAGAUUAACAAAUUUAGAUGUAUAUGAGAUGGAAAAUAGUGUUGAAAUGUUUAGAGCUAAAAAAUUCGUUGAAUAUUUUCCUGAAUCACCAAGACACUAUUUUGAAAAGUCAGUUGACUUUGAUGAUAAAUCCCCAGACUGCUACUCGUCGGGAAGUUCCGAUUCAUCUGCAACAUCUUGUGGUUACAAAUUAAAAAUACUAUCCUCGUCAUCUUCUUACUUAUCCUCUGACGAAGAUACCAAAAGUAAUACGAGGACGACAUAUAGCGAUUCUAAUGAAAUGAAAGAAUCAGAAAAGGAGCUUUCUCAACGUCAAGCAAAGUGAUCGAGUAAUAAUUUCCAAGCAAUUGCAAAAGAAAAACAUAUUGAUGCAGACUUUUAUACCCAAGAUGACAGCAGAGAUAAAAGGUACGAUGUUCCGGUCAGAACUAUAACAGAAAAUGAUAUCAAGACCUUGAAACAAACAUUAGGAAGGGGUAGUGAUGAACAUGAGCAAGAGGAAACCAGCCUUAAGAAGACUGACCAAAAUGUAUACGAAGAUGAAAGGUAUGCACAUGCCAGCAUUAAUACAAAUGUUUCGGAAGAUAAAAAAUACCAUGAUGGAUAUAAGACUACGGAAGAUAACGAGCCGAUGCAAGCAGAAGAAAGUGUUGUAUUUAAUGACGAAUCAAAUUUGGAAGCUCCUGUGAAUGUAAAAGACUCUUUGGGGUAUGAGGUGGGGAACGUGUUUGUAGAGACAAGCAGAUUAGAAAGAUGUGAUAAGUUAUGCGAAAUGGAGUAUUUGGAGACUGGCCUUGAAAUAGGCGAAAUUCAAUCCCAAAUCAAAUAUCUCUUUAAUGCAUCAUUAGGAGCUAGCAAGGAGAAUAGAGUACCGAGUUUAAAACAAAUACUGCUGGACUUUCUUGAGAGAGAAAAUUUCAUAGAAUAUGAUUCAAAAAUUCACCGUACUGAAGAUGAUAUAAAUAGCAGAAUACCAAAGCUAAGUGACCUUUGUAAAAUUGCCUUAGGUAGUUCCUUCGAAAUUAGCGCCACCAGUAAUACAAUCCAAAAUGUUCCAGAAAAACUGGAGCGCGAAUUGAGCGUUGAAGAAGCAUUAGCGGAGAUGUAUCGACAAGCCGGAGUCGCUUUAGACCCCGAAGAUGGCGAUGAAGAAGAGAAAGAAGAUCGUGACGUAGUAUUAAUUAGCCUAAAAGAAAUUUUAGUUAGUGAUAGUGACUUAUAUGUUUUACAGUGUGAUAUGAAUGAAAAUGCGCUUAGCGUUGUGGUGCAUGCACAAGAGGUGGAUUUGCCUAUGGCAGUCCACGACGAUGAGGAUAAUAUCGCAGUUAGAGAUGAGAAUGACGACGCGGUUAAAGAUGUCGCGCGUAAUAUGUGUUGAAGAGUAAAUUUUAGGGCCCAUUAUGGUAAUCGUUUAUUAAAAAAGUACAUACACCGUUGGAUAUUGCAAUGCCUGAUAGCCAGGUUCAGGGAACGGGAAUUGAAGAAGGUCCAAAUAUAAGAAGACAGGUAGAGGUGAGAAUUUCGAUAGCUGCAGAAGUAGAUAUACAUAUAUCGUUACCUUAAUAUAGAAAGGCCCCAAUCUCACAUCGUCGCUGAAAUGCCAAAAAGCCGUAACUAGCUAAAAUGUUUAUUGCAUAUAACGAUGUGGGGACUUAAAAUUCGAUGAAAUGUAUCAUGACACCGUAGGACAGUAAAUUUUACACACAAAAAAAUUAAUAUAUUCACGAAACUAUGGGUAAAUUAUAGUAAAACUGCGUACUUAGUUCUUCUGUUUGACGUCAGGACUUUUUUAAAAGGACUUUGAAAUUUAAAAAAUAUGAUUAUUUAAAAAAAUUAUUUAAAAAAUUCGGUG